AUGACAACAACAAGACAACAGCUUACUAUUGCAAGCUUUCGUGAACUGUGGAAAAAUGAAUUUCUGCCAGAAAUUCGAAAGGAAAUCGACUCAGCGAAUGCCUCGCUAUAUACUGAAAUUCGUGAUCUAAACAAGCGCUUGGAUGAGUUUGAAAAGACCCUGUCCUUCUUUUCCGAACAGUAUGACCAGUUAAUAAAGAUUACACAGACAACUAAGAAACAAAUGCAGCAAAUUGAAAGCAAAAUCGAAGACCAGGGUAAAACAAUAACCGGAUUAAAGAACAACGACUAUGAUAAUAUGGCCGCCAUUGACGAAAUCCAACAAUACCAAAGGCGUGAUUGUCUGGAAAUUACAGGUAUACCUACAUACCCAACGAUGAGCCGAAAAAUAUUGUCAUGGAACUUGGAGCAACCUUAGGCGUUUUACUGAACGAAAAUGACAUAUCUACGGCGCAUAGACUUCCCCCCACGAGGAAAAUUCAAGACCGCAUUAUUGUCAAGUUCGUACGCCGCGACAUACGAGAAGAAAUUUAUAAGAAGAGGAAAGUUUUAAAUGGAAAACUGACAGAUUGCCUGCCCUCAGUAAAUGCAGAAAUUGGCAAGAGUAUCUCUCAACCCACAAAAAUAUUCAUCAAUGAAUCUUUGACGGCUUACAGAAAGCGUCUCUUUGGAAAAAUCCACGACUAUCGUAGACAGCAUAACUAUAAAUUUAUAUGGACUGCAAACGGGAAAAUUCUCCUUCGCCAAACAGAAUCGUCGCCAGUUAACAGCUUUACAACAGAAGAAGAGUUUCAGAGGUUUAUUUCUAAGGACUAA